AAAACCUGAAACUUGUUUAAAUUUUUCUACCCCCCUUAAGUACGUACCUUGUAAGACUAUUUUUUCUGACUUCAAGGAAAUAAUAAAAUGGCGGAUCCUAACGCGCAACCUAUGCACCAGCACCACUUAAACCAGCAACAUAGAGCAGUACAACACCAACCACUUAGUAUAGGUGGGCCAGGUGUCCCACAUCUUUUAUUAGAUCCGCAAACUCUUGCUGCUGCUCCUCCACCCUUGCACCCUCAACAUCAAUUUCAACCUCAACAUUAUAGUGUUCUUGAUAGCUUUUGGCAACGACAAGUGCAUGAAAUCAGAAAUGAAGAUCAUGAUUUUAAGGUUCAUCAACUUCCCUUAGCUAGGAUAAAGAAGGUUAUGAAAACUGAUGAGGAGGUUAAGAUGAUCAGUGCUGAGGCACCCAUUCUUUUUGCAAAAGGUUGCGAUAUAUUUAUAACAGAAUUAACUAUGCGAGCAUGGCUUCAUGCUGAAGAAUGCAAACGGAGGACUUUACAAAGAUCGGAUAUUGCAAACGCGAUAAAAAAAGUCGAUAUGUUUGACUUUUUAAUAGAUAUCGUACCUAGAGAAGAAAAGGUCACAGUCAAAACAGAGAAGAUUGAAUAUCCAGAUCAUCAAAGUCCAUAUUAUGGAUUGGGAGUGCCUCAAGGUGGACAUCAAUUCAAUACUUCGUCUAGCAUUCCUAUUGACCAUAAAAUAAUAGUUGAUUCUAUGGCACAACAACAGCAAAUGUAUAUGCAAAGAAUGGAAUCGCAGCAUCAACAAAUGCUGCACGAUCAUUCGGAGCAACAUCAACAUCAACAACAUCAACAACCACCUUUAUUACCGCCACUUACUCCCGUUGCAGGUCAACAGGUAUCAUCUUAUAGACCUCAAAAUCAUCCGCAGUUCUCUCAUGUCUCAGCCAAUGUAUCUGCAGGUCCUGUUAGACAGGUCACAACAGAUCAACCUUAUCAACAUCAUCCCUAUUAUCAUCAUUCGGGAUUUCAACAGCAUUCACAAGAACUUCAUCAUCCCCAAAAUCAAACACCUUCUCAGCAUCAUCGUCAAUCCGAACAUAAUCCUGUACAAGUGAAAUAUGAAUUCGAAAGAUCUGAGUGGUAUCCUCAUCAAACAAAUACGCAAUUAAAUGGACAUACACAAAGCGGAUAUGGACAACAUCAUGUUAGUAGUAGUAGUAGUCAUGGGUAUGGACAACCGUUAGAUCAAUCAUCUCAUGAAUAUAAUCAUGAAAACACCGGUAUGCAUUUAACGCGUCACGAAGAAGGUUAUGUACGAGACGGUGGUGUACAAAGAGAUUAACCACCUUAUUAUAGAUUUUUACGAUUAAUCUUUCGAAUCUCUUUUAAAAAAAUUAAAAAAUUGUGAACAUUGGCUAGGGUUGUAUAAUAUUUUAAUUAGAGCACAAAAUUUGCUAUUUAGAAAUAUUAUUUUUUAAGUUUGAAAAAAAUUACUUAAACUAUG